AUGAUGGCGGACGCCACUACCUCGCAUAUAGUGAACUUUACGCAUAGGACUCUCCGCAGUCCACACCUCCGAUUCUCACCCGUCUACUCGAAGAAGUGGAAUAAGCGCGAGCUGACUAUUCCCUUGAACCAGACUAACAUUCCAAUGUCGGGUAUCAAUACCGGCGUGUUUUUCGCUGCGGUGAUGCCGGGGCUGUACGCGCAGUGCUUGAGUUUGUUGACCGAGCCGCGGAAACGGUUGGUGGCGAUUGGGUGCUUGGCCGGGAUGGGGGGAAGCAGGGUGUUAAGAGGGUGCUUGAUGUGGGUGGUGGGGGUGCUUGGGUGCUUGCUUGGAAGAGUAUUGUCGAAGCGGAAGAGGAGAGAAGGAGGGGUGAGCUUCCAGAGAGAACAGGGAAACCGUCACUUGGCCUGGGUGGGAGAGCUCUGCCGGUGGUGAGGGAGAGGAGUAGAUUGCGUGCAGUGGUCGUCGAGGCUCUUGGACGAUACUCUGUUUAUUCUGCGAGUGCCGGAUAUCUAUUUUGAAAACCGACACUACACGCCAGCGCCCCUGUAGAGAAGAGUAAGGCUUAGCUGAGAAAGCCCUACGAUUUGAUCAUUGCUACAAAAAGAAUCCUCCCAAUAGGGAAGUCAUUUUUCCGCCGCCAAACCGUUGAGCAACUCUGGCCGCACGUAAACCCCAACGGCCGCGUCCUUUCGAUCAGCGAAAUGGGCACGCUGCUGGACAUCUGGGCCCUCGCCUAUGCCCGCUCCACCAUCCUAGAGGACUGCAGCAAGAAUGUUGGCGAAGCUUUUCAACCACCCCCCGACCAAGAAUGCCAGUAGCUUCGCCAACCCUUCUAUCGAAAAGGAGCGCGGCGCUGUAAUCGCCCCAUGCACGAACCAAGAACAAUGCCUCAUGUUCCCCUCUGGCUCCACAGACGGCACCAACCGCAAACACUACUGCCUCUCGCUGUGCUAUGAGCACCCUGGCUAUCUGCAGGCUCGUGGAUGAGUCAUCCAAAAAAAAACCCCCCCAUGAAGAUCUCGAGUACUCAUAUGUCGCCUUCUGUCGUGGCAUCGACUAGCGCACCGACACGAAGAACAAGAUUAACUCAACAAUAGACGACAUUGGCAUAACCUCCUUCGACGGCGAACCUGACACGCCAAUUCAGAACCCCCAACACAAUGCAAGAACUCGGCAAUUACAGUUUGGCCCUCCUGCGUAUUAUACUCCCACCUGGCAAAAGCGACUCGUAUAUUAUACUCGACUGAUGCACUCCGACGGGUUCUAUCGAACACUGGGUUGUUCCCAAGAACCUCAGAAAAUUGGAGUACAGAGACGCGAGGAAUAGCGGAUGGGGUGAUCUCUGGGCACUUGGAGCGAAAGCUCGCACUAGCCGAAACAUAAAGAUC